AUGGAGUCGAUCAUAGCGCGGGCGCUGGAGUACACGCUCAAGUACUGGCUCAAGUCCUUCUCCCGCGACCAGUUCAAGCUCCAGGGCCGCACCGCGCAGCUCUCCAACCUCGAUAUCAAUGGCGAUGCGCUGCACGCAAGCCUGGGGCUGCCUCCCGCGCUCGCCGUCGACACAGCGCGUGUCGGGAAGCUCCAGAUCACGUUACCAUCUGUAUCAAAUGUGCAAGUAGAGCCAAUUGAGGUGAACAUUGACAAGCUUGAUCUCGUGCUUGUAGAGAAGGACGAUUCUGAAAAUCUUUCUAGCCCUAGCAGCACUGCAUCAUCUCCAUCAUCAGCAACUAAGAGCAGCGGAUAUGGUUACGCUGAUAAGGUAGUAAACUUGAAAGAAGCAAGAGAUUUCUCCAACAACAAAGGGUUCAUUUAUGUUUUCAAGAAACUGGAGUGGCAAUCACUGUCAGUUGAUCUGUUGCCUCACCCUGACAUGUUCACCGAUGCAAGAUUUAACUCUUCUAGUAGUCAAGAUAACAAAAGAGACGAUGAUGGUGCAAAACGAAUGUUCUUUGGCGGUGAAAGAUUUUUGGAAGGAAUAUCUGGAGAGGCUAAUAUCACGGUUCAACGGACAGAACAAAAUAAUCCAGUUGGGCUUGAGGUUCAGCUGCAUAUUACUGAAGCUGUCUGUCCUGCCUUAAGUGAACCUGGCUUACGGGCCUUUCUUCGAUUCAUGACUGGGGUAUCUGUGUGCCUAAACAGGGGAGAUGUAGAUCCAAAAGCUCAGCAGCUUGCAGAAGCAGCAGGAUCUUCCUUGGUGUCCAUUAUCAUAGAUCACAUAUUCCUCUGCAUUAAAGAUACUGAGUUUCAACUUGAACUUCUCAUGCAGUCUUUGUUCUUCUCACGGGCGAGCGUUUCAGACGGCGAAUGCUCAAAGAACUUGUCUUGCAUAAAGGUCGGCGGGCUGUUUCUGAGAGACACCUUUUCUCGUCCUCCAUGCACAUUGAUACAGCCAUCUAUGCAAGCAGUUUCACAAGAACCUCCACCUGUGCCUGACUUUGGUCAAAAAUUUUGCCCUCCUAUCUAUCCAUUUGGCAAUCAACUAUUAGAAUUCGCUGCUGGAGUUCCUUUGUUUUCCCUCUAUUGUCUUCAGACCACUCCUUCUCCAUCACCUCCGAAGUUUGCUUCAAAAACAGUCAUCACAUGCCAACCUCUUACGGUAACCCUCCAGGAGCAGUCGUGCUUAAGAAUUGCCUCAUUCUUGGCUGAUGGAGUUGUACCCAAUCGUGGUGCCAUAUUGCCUGAGUCUUCAAUCAACAGCCUGACAUUUUCACUUAAAGAGUUUGAUCUCUCUGUUCCAUUAGAUGCUGAGGAAAUCACAAGGUGCAGUGGAACCAAGAAUACUAGCCCUCAAUCAUCAUUUUCGGGUGCACGACUUCAUGUGGAAGACGUAUACUUCUGCCAGUCACCAUCAGCUAAGUGCUCAUUGCUAAACCUUGACAGAGAUCCAGCUUGCUUCCUUCUGUGGGAGUACCAACCUGUUGAUGCGAGUCAGAUGAAGUGGGCUACUCGGGCUUCUCACCUAAGCCUCUCACUUGAAACUUCUAGCACUUCAAACGGACAGAGGGCAGUUAGGGACUCAAAUUUGUGGAAAUGUAUUGAACUAGAUGAUAUCAGAUUUGAGGCAGCUAUGGUUACAGCAGAUGGCAGCCCUUUGUUGGAUGUACCGCCUCCAGAGGGUGUUGUCAGAAUUGGUGUUGCUUUCCAACAGUUUACAGCGAUCUCAAAGGUCAGCAAAGGUAACAGGUCUGAGUCAGUCAAGUCAUCUGCUGACAAGCCAGAGAAUAAAUUGCCAAGUGAUACAGCUGUGAGUUUAACUAUGAAUAACCUCCAGCUCAAUUUCUUGGAAUCUUUGUCAGCAAGUGAUCUACAUAUGCCCUUGGUUCAGUUCGGUGGAGCGGAUCUGUUCCUGAAAGUUUCUCACCGCACUCUAGGUGGUGCCUUUGCAGUCACGACUAACUUGAUGUGGAGAACUGUCUCAGUGAACUGUUUAGAAGGAGAAAGUGCUGUGAUUUGUGAGAAUGGCACUGUAGUGACUGGUGAACACAGCAUUCUGGUGCAUGAAAAUGAGCACCCCAAGAUGAGAGCAGUCUUUUGGGUUGAUCAUAGGAGCAAACACCAGGCUAAAGAAGCUCAGUUCCUUGAUAUAAACAUCACUCAUGUAAUGCCUUAUGAUAUCCAGGAUAUGGAGUGCCAUAGCUUGAAUGUAUCGGCUAAGGUAUCUGGUGUUCGUCUUGGAGGGGAAGGACUCUUGAGGAGUUUGAAGGAUUUAUCUUCAGGUCCGCUUGCGAAGCUGUUUAAAUCCUCUCACCUCACUGAAAAAGAAGAUGAAAGGUCCAAAGUUGAUGAUCACAAUUCAAAGUUUGAUCUCGGGGUGCCAGAUGAUCUUGAUGUAUCAAUUGAGCUUAGAAAUUGGCUAUUUGCACUCGAAGGAACUGAAGAAGUAGGAGAUUGUUUUUCUCCUCGUGGAGGUGAUCGUAUCAGCAGAGAAGAAAAAUGCUGGCAUUCAACCUUCAGAAAUAUACAUGUCUCUGGCAAGAGCAGUGACCGACUUAAGUUGGGAGGCGGAGGAAAGGUGUCGCCCAAAAAGGCUUUUCCAGUGGAACGCUUUACGGCUGGAAUUGAAGGUUUACAGGCAAUAAAACCUCGCCUGAGAGAUCAGCUCACUCGAAAAGGAUCAUCAAACAAUCAUCAAAUAGCCAGUGAAUUUAAUAGUUCAAGUUCUGUUGGUGACCAAGGAGUUGAUGUUGAAGCUACCAUGGUCAUCGGCGAAGACGAGAUUGAGGGUGCCAAAUGGACAAUGGAUAAUGUCAAGUUUUCUGUCAAAGAACCGAUCGAGGCAGUUGCAACAAAAGAAGAACUAGAGCACCUUGCGAUGCUUUGCAGAUCCGAAGCUGAUGCAAUGGGGAGGAUCACUGCUGGAAUUCUUCGUCUCCUUAAACUUGACAAAUCUCUUGGGCAAGGAACUAUAGAACAACUACGUAACCUAGGAAGCGGAGGCAUGGACAAUAUCUUUUCACCCAGGAGGCUCAGCAGGCAGAACAGUUUUGGUAGCAUAGGCACUCCUCGGACUCCAACUAUGCACGCCAUUGCGGACGUCAUGGGUUCUGAAAACCACACUGGAAGCAACCAUUUCCUCAUUGCAAGGCGAGAUUUCGAAUCCAAGGCCAAAUGUGUGGCACUGAUUUCCCAGGCAAGCAGCACUGAGGAUCAAAACCGCGCCGAGGACAUCAGGCAGCUUAGCUUAAAAGCUCGAGAGCAUGCAAUCGUUGGUGACACGAUUGAGAACUUUGAUCAAUUGAUCCGAGUUGUACAUGGGUUUUUGUGUACAGUACACAAGGUCGUCGUUCUGUCCAAACUUGGAAGUGGCAAAUGCUGCUUCCUGGUGGCUGAUUGA